AUGGGACGAGACUGGAAGUUGGGGAGAUGGGGACACUCAGGCGGAUGCAGAGGAGGGUGGCAACCCGAUCAUGAGAAUGAAAAUCAGAAUCAGGGCGGAGGUCGCGGGCGCGGGGGGGGGAGAGAGAGGGUGGGGAAAAAGAGGGAGGAGGAGAAGGAGGGGGAGGAGGAGGAGGAGGAGGAGGAGGAGGAGGAGGAGGAGGAGGCAGAGGAGGAGGAGAAAGGGGGGGGGGGAAGAGAAGGAGGAGGAAGGGGAGGAGGAAGAGGAGGAGGAACGUCAGAUCUGGUGAUUGUACUUGUGGAUGACAAGCUGUACGGCAGUCGGAUGGUGGUGAGCACUUGCCAGGAGGCUGGUGGUGAGCACUUGCCAGGAGGCCGUGGCAUGCGGGCCUUCACGAUCCGUGGCUGCUGGGAGUCACACCCACUCAUGUCCUUCCAGGGCCUCAUUCUGCCUAUGCUCAGCAUCUUCUGUCAGCCCGAGUUUUUCAACAACCCCGCAUCAAGCAAGGUGAACGUGACGCUAGCGGCAAUCGCGGAGGUGCCAGGUCUGCAGGAGUACCUCGUCUGCCGCAUGCGACUCUACACUGAAUGUGCAGAGAUGCGCGAUCCAUCACUGGACGACACAGACAGUAUCACAGACUGGGACAUGGCCAUACACGUUAUAAGAACCUUCUUUAAUGUAGCCAUGGACCGCUUCUACUCCCUGUUUGACGCUGUGCAAGCGAGAGCGGACGUUGAGGUGCUGGACACGAUGGUUGAGAUCUGGCAGGUGCAGAUGCCAGUGCUUGACGGCAGGUACCACAGCCUGUGGUCCACGCUCGACAGGCUGCGAAAGUCGCUGCACAGACGCCAGCACAGUGAGAGACAGAGGGAGAGGAUGGAGGAAGGCCAGCAGCUGCAUGCUGACUUCCCUUCAGGUCAGCGCCUGUUCAGCAUGCAGGCUGAGGAUGGUUUGGGCGAGCUUAGCUUGGAAGGUCGUCCACGCCACGACAAUGACCAUAUCGAGAUUUCAGCCAUCUCAGUGGCGUCAACGAUGGACGAGAUUCUCUGCGACGCCGCGCCCUACCUUCCGCACAACCACCCCAACGAGCCGCACUGCCUGCCAGCGGGGUCACUGGGGCGCCACGUAGACAUUCAAUUCCGCCUGCUGUGCCACGACCUCGUCGCCCCCCUCUGGAGCAAGGCGCUCUUCCUCCUCCACCGCCUCACUUACGAAUCGUCCGGGGGUGCCCGUGGUGCAAGCAGCAGCGGGAGCAGCAGCAGGGGGGAGGCAAUGGGGCUGCUGAGGGCAUACAGGGAGUCGGUGAGGGGUGUGGCGGAUGCGAUGAAGGGCAUGGCGUCUCUGCCCUUUGCUGAGUACAUCUGUGGGGUAUCUGACGGGGCACCUGGUGGUGCAUCUGGGAGGGCACCUGGAGCAUACAAGCUACCUGCGUACAUCCAAACGGGCAUGAGGUACGACUUGAGCCUACUGCUCGAGACCAAGGCCCAGCAGGAGCAGAUCACUCCAGAGGACGAGUAUGCCCUUAGCAACGUGAGGAUUACCUGCCCCACGGCCUUCCCCAUAGAUGCUCUCCUGCGCUGCACGUCGCUGGACCAGCCCCAAGCUGCGGCCCUUACCCAGGAGUUUGCUCUGCUGCAGGGCCCCCAAGGAACCGGCAAGACGUUCGUGAAGAUAAAGCUGGUGGAGAUUCUGCUGAGCAAUGCAUUCAAGAGCAGCGCUAAGGGGCAUGUGUCUCGAGGCAGGGAGGCGGGCAGUGCCAUGGGUCCCAUCCUGUGCGUGUGCUUCACCAACCACGCCCUGGAUCAGUUCCUAGAGGGCAUCAUUGCUAGCGGCAUCAAGAAGGUGGUGCGAGUGGGAAAAAGGUGCAAGUCGGAGGUACUGCAGGAGCACAUUCUCCUCAACAUCAUUCGCACCUCCAAUGUGGAUCGCAGCCAAGCGUACAAGCACUCGACCUACGAGGUGCACAGCACGCUGGGCGAGGUGGAGGAGGUGAUAGCCACGUACAGCGACGCGCUGCAGCAGCGCAGCGCCAACACAGCGGCUGUCACGUGGCGCUCCAUCGCUGCGCACCUCAUGGCCAACCACCCCGAUUUCUUCCACGCGCUGCACCCCACCACCACAGCAGACAGCGACGGCACGUGGGUCCGAGCAACUGGACCCGGUGGAUGGAAGCGAGGCCUUUCGGCCUCAACGGGAGGGCGGGGAGGGAGAGGGGCAGGAGGGGCAGGAGGGGCAGGAGUGUUGGGAGUGGAGGACGAUCUCUCACAUGCGUUUGAUGACUUGAGCGUUCACAACGGCAGGCGAGGCCCAGGCACUGACGUAUCCCCUGGUUGUGCUGACAGCUGGAGAAACCAAGGCAGUCGAGGGAACCAAAGCAGCAGGGGGAAUGAAAGCAGCAGGCAGGCACACGAGAGCAUGGGGGAAGAUGAAGAGGAGGAGGAGGAGGGGGAGGAGGAGGAAGGGGAGGAGGAGGAGGAGGAGGAGUGGAUGGCAGUGGAGGUGGAUGAGGCGAGUGACCGCGGGGUCGGGGCGCUGCUAGGUUUGGCGGACCCAUGGCCAACGAGUGGGCGGAAGAGGAGGAUGCUGGUGGCGGUGUGGGUGGGGGAGGUGCGCGCCACUGCUGCUGCUGCCAUCGAGGCUGAGGUGGACAAGUAUGCCAAGUAUGGCUGGGUGCUGGUGGUGUGGUAUGAAGGGCGGUGGUGUGGUGUGAAGGGCGGUGCUGGUGGGGUGAAGGGCGGUGUUGGUGGGAAGAAGGGCAGUGCCGGGCGGUGGAAGGUGAGGGAGCGAAGUGAGCUGCAGCAGGUGGAGGACCUGCAGGUGUUGAAGAGGGCGCAGGUGGUGGGCAUGAUUACGUCCGGGGUGGCCAAGAUGCAGCGCCUCAUCACAGCGCUCGGCCCGCAAGUCAUCAUCGUGGAGGAGGCAGCUGAAGUGCUGGAGGCGCACAUCCUCACGUCCCUUAUCCCGUUGACCCAGCACGUUAUACUCAUAGGCGACCACAAGCAGCUGCGGCCCAAGGUGGAGGUAUACGACCUUAGCAAGGACUCCCACAGGGGCUUCGACCUGGAUGUCUCUCUCUUUGAGUGCCUCACACUCUCCCGGCAGAUCCCCGUGUACACGCUCGCAACGCAGCGCCGCAUGCGCCCGGAAAUUGCCGACCUCAUCCGCUACACCAUCUACCCCAGGCUUACAGACCACCCCUUUGUGCACGGGUACCCUGACGUGCAGGGCAUGGCAGUGAAUCUGCACUUCUGGGACCACAGCAGCCCUGAGAGCGGUCGGGACGACCUGGGGGGAGGCAAGUCCAAGUCCAACGCGGGGGAGGCAGCCAUGGUGGUGGGGCUGGCCACGUACCUGCUGCAGCAAGGGUACACGGGAGGGAAGAUCACCAUCCUCACGCCCUACGUGGGUCAGCUGCUGAAGCUGCGCCAGGCGCUUUCUCAGGUGGUGGAUGUGCGUCUGGGGGAGGGCGAUGCCGAGGAGGUGGAGAAGGCAGCGGAGCAAGCGGGUACCAGGGGAGGUGGACCUGGGGGGGGAGAGGCUGAUGGGGAGACUGGGGGGCGGCGGGUGGGGAAGGGGAAGGGGCUAGGGCUGGGUUUUGCUGCACCGAAGGCGACCAUGGCAAAUCUGAAGGAUGUAGUGCGGCUUGCUACCAUUGACAAUUUCCAGGGCGAGGAGAGCACGGUGAUCAUAAUCUCCCUCGUGCGGCACCAACCGGACGGUGACAUCGGGUUCCUCAAGAGCCCCAACCGCACCAACGUGCUGCUCUCCCGCGCCAAGCACGGCAUGUACCUCAUUGGCAGCGCCAGCAGCACGCGGGCAGCGACCUCCAAGGCCUCCCUGUGGCCGCGCAUCAUGGGCAUGCUGGACAGAAAGGGGCACGUUAAGAGGUUCAUCCCGCUGCGCUGUGCGAGCCACGCGGGCAUGGUGACGCACAUCCAGGGUGCGGGCGAGUUCAAGGAGAAGGCCAGCGAGGGCAGGUACUCGACUCACUCCCUCUGGCCACACCUACCCCCGCAGGACACGUGGUUGGCUCAACAGCACCCCUCUGUCUUCUAUCAGUACCCAACAGGUGCCAUGCGGACGACAGGGCACACGCCACCAUGUUAUGUGGCCAGGAGUGCAACCGCAUCCGGCCGCUGGACGAGUGCGCUCACCAGCACACGUGCCCCAAGCAGUGUGGCGAGCCCUGUGGGCCGUGCAUGGUCACCAUCAGGGAGGAGAACGGUGAAAGUGACGAUGCCGCUGUGCGGCAACGAGCAGGAAGUCAGGUGUGGCGAGGCGGCCACCACACUCACCAACCCCAAGCGCUGCACCGCUCGCUGCGGAGCUCUCAUCUCAGACUCCUGCGGCCAUGCCUGCAUGUCCCUCAGCACUCACUGCAUCGUUGCUCCAGCUGCUAACACCGACCAAUGCGUGGGCUUGCAGCAGCAGCACCAGCGGCUGGAGAAAAAGCACAAAGAAUGCACGCAGUCCUGCAAGCGCGACCUCCCCUGCAGCCACCUCUGCCCCGACCCCUGCCACCUCGACAAACCCUGCAAGCCCUGCACCAAAAGGUGCCUCGUGACCUGCCAACACAGCUCCUGCCCCCAACCCUGCCACCGGACCUGCUCCGCCUGCAACGAGCCUUGUGGGUGGAGCUGCAGGCACCAGGGUCGGUGCUCCCUGCCCCGCGGCGCUCCCUGUUACCGCCUCUCGUGCGAGCAGCGGUGUGAGAAAAGGCUCACCUGUGGCCACCAAUGUUCGUAUUUGUAUGCCGAGAAGUGCCCUUCCUAG